AUGGAAUCGGAAUUACCCAACCGCAUUCGAGUUAAACUUUUCAAACGCCACGAGGAUGGCUUAGGGUUUUUGAUUAAGCCCCGUACACAGAAACCGUUUGUGGCAGUAUCAGCUUUAGUAGCUGGGGGGUUAGCUGAGCAGAGCGGAUUGGUCCACAUAGGUGAUACUGUUUUACGAGUUAAUGAAAUCGACAUUUCGGAAAGGAGUUAUGAUGACGCUGUUGAGUUAUUAAAGGCUCUUCCAGUUGACGCCCCUGUUGCAUUAAUCCUUCGCGGACCUGACGGCUAUUCUACUCACCUGGAAACUACCUUUCGAGAGAACGGUGUACCAAGAACAAUCCGAGUCACUCGAAAGGUUGUCAACAAUGACUCCAUCGUAAGCAGAAUCCGGCGGACCUUCUCUAGAGCAUCGUCUGCUUCACCGAACAGGAAUGAGGGGCGAAGUCUCAGCCCGUGUCGGAAUCGGUCCAGACGGUUAGAGGAUAAACGUACAGAAGGCUGUUUUGUGGACAAUCAGUGCUGCAUUUGUGAUAUUGACCAAAAUUUUCCAAUUGUUCCAAACUGCAAUGGUACGUCAUACAAAAAUCAGCGGUACCAAGUAAAGGACGCCGAAUCGCAAACAAAAUCAAACUCGCCAACAAUCAUGAGCAAGAAUAACUCGACCAUGAACCACUGUGAUCAUUCUCCUACAAUUGUGGUGACUCGCCCCGCGAGUCAAACUGACUCGGACGUUACGGACGCAGACGUCAAAUUACGCGGUAGAUUAUCGAACACGGACCGGCCAACGACGGUGGUGACACCUGGUGGCCAUAUCGACCAGCAUGACAAUAAAAAGAUUGAAAUUCAUCAAAAUACGGAGAAAAUUACAGUGGUGGUUAAGGAGAACGGAGAUUUGAGUAAAAAACAUAAAGGAAAUAUGUCUACAGGUAAGGAAAAUGGCGUGAUUGAAAAUAACAAGCUACUUCUAAAUAGUGUGAUGGAUAAUAAGUCUACAUUGAUAACAAAUGGAGAGCAUUCCGAGGACCGAGCCAAGCAGAGGAGAGACAGUUUCAGUAAUAUCAACUUAUACAGUCCGACCUCCCAAAGGAGGCGUUCGUCCAUGGCAGCGGUCAGCCCCAAAAAAUACGUGAAACUGAGAAAUUACGCCGACGAAAAACAAGUAUUCACUGAUACUCUGCACACCAAAAUAUCCCAGGUAGUACCAUGUACAAACUCCAAAUGUCUAGGCUCUAUCAUGAACCAUCCGCCCUCUCGUCCUGUCGGAGAACCUCGGCCACAGGAGGAGCUGUUGACACAGGCCAGGGAGUUUAUAGACGAAUACUACACAUCCAUCAAAAGGUUGAAUACAGAGGCCUAUCAGAAGCGAUGGCAGGAAGUGGAAUCCAGUAUAGAGAAAAGGGGCACCUAUGAACUGACCACUAACGAGCUUACGUACGGGGCGAAAACCGCGUGGAGGAAUGAGGCCAGGUGUAUUGGGCGUAUUCAGUGGAAUAAAUUACAGGUGUUUGACGCCCGCCACAUCACGACGGCGCGGGGUAUGUUUGAGGCCAUCUGUAACCACAUCAAAUACGGAAACAACAAAGGCAAUAUCAGAUCGGCAAUUACUAUUUUCCCGGCCAGAACAGACGGAAAACACGACUUCCGAGUGUGGAAUUCUCAACUGAUUCGGUAUGCUGGCUACAAAAUGGCUGACGGGUCUGUGAUAGGGGACCCAGCAAGCGUGGAGUUUACAGAGAUCUGUCAGAAGAUGGGAUGGAAAGGCAAAAACGGCAUGUUUGAUGUCCUGCCAUUAAUACUACAGGCAAAUGGACUGGACCCAGAACUGUUCGAGAUUCCACAGGACCUUGUCAUGGAAGUGAACCUAAAACACCCCAAGUUCCCGUGGUUUGCCGACAUGGGUCUGAAGUGGUAUGGUUUGCCUGCUGUCAGCUGCUUAUUGUUUGACUGUGGUGGUCUGGAGUUUACCGCGGCACCAUUCAAUGGCUGGUACAUGGGGACCGAAAUAGGUGCCAGGGAUUUCUGUGAUGCGCAGAGAUAUAACAUGCUAGAGGUGAUUGCGACCAAGAUGGGACUGGACACACGCAAGAGUUCUUCCCUGUGGAAAGACAGAGCCCUCGUGGAAAUGAACAUAUCAGUUCUUCAUAGUUUUCAAUCCCAAGGCGUGACCAUCACUGAUCACCAUGCCGCCUCGGAGUCGUUUAUGAAGUUUAUGGAGAAUGAACAAAGAAAUCGCGGUGGCUGUCCGGCUGAUUGGGUGUGGGUGGUACCCCCGAUGAGUGGAAGCAUCACACCUGUGUUUCAUCAAGAGAUGCUGCGAUACAAAAUCAAACCCUCGUACGAACCUAUGGAAGAUCCAUGGAAAUCAUAUGUCUGGAAAAAAGACAGAGACAAAACGAAAUCCCUUGACCGGCCAAAGAGAAAAUUCGGGUUUAAAGAACUUGCACGGGCUGUGAAGUUCUCCGCCAAGUUAAUGAAUAAGGCUCUGGCACGUCGUGUGAAAUGUACCAUACUGUACGCUACAGAAACGGGUAAAUCGGAAAGGUUUGCAAACACCCUGUGUGAGAUCUUCAAACAUGGAUUCGAUGCGAAGGUCCUCAGUAUGGAUGCGUAUGAUUUCAUUGACCUUGAACACGAAGCACUCGUCCUAUUUGUGUCCAGCACAUUCGGCAAUGGUGAUCCUCCAGAAAAUGGAGAGAGUUUUGCCAAGAACCUCCACGACCUCAAAAGUCCCAAGAAUGCAAAGAAUGGGGAGAGCGUGUCGAUGUCCUACUUCAGGAUGAGCACGGCCAGCGAUACUGAUUCACCAAUAGAAAACAAGGAGAAAGAAGAUGAGGAUGAUAAUUUGAACGCCGAGACAGGCCCUCUCAGUAACCUUCGUUACUCUGUGUUCGGCCUAGGAUCCCGUGCCUAUCCGAACUUUUGUGCGUUCGCUCACUUUGUUGACAACAUGCUCAAUGCUCUAGGAGGCGAACGGAUAAACAAGAUGGGAGAAGGCGACGAGCUCUGCGGACAGGAAGAGUCAUUCAAACUAUGGGCUCAAGAUACAUUCAAAAUGGCGUGCGAAACCUUUUGCGUUGGCGACGCUAACGCAAUCCAGGAGGCGACAGGUGCACUCUCCAGUACCGACUUCUCGUGGUCCCCUGGAAAGUUCCGACUUACACCAGAGGAUAAUGACAAGGAGGUGGACAUCACGGGAUCUCUCACUAAACUCCACGGCAGACAAGUGCAGUCCUGUAAACUGAUAUCCAUAGAACAACUACAGUCAAAAGAGUCAAGUCGAGAGACCAUGCUUGUUAGACUCGACACAAUGGGCGCGGAGGAUCUUAACUAUGCUCCAGGGGACCACAUAGCAAUAUUCCCAGCCAACUCCACUAAACUUGUGGAUGGUGUUCUCUCAAGACUGCACAACGCUCCACCCCCUGAUCAGCUGAUUAAGUUGGAAGUACUCCAGGAGAGGACAACACCCUUAGGGACGACGAAGAGUUGGUGUCACUUUGAAAGAAUCCCCGUCUGUACGAUGCGAACAGCCUUUGCGAAUUUCUUGGAUAUAACUACACCCCCAUCACAAGCGUUUCUGCACCUACUGGCUACACAGUCUUCGCGGGAUGUGGAUAGGAUCAAGCUUGAAAAUCUAGCUAAUGAUAUUCACGCGUACGAGGACUGGAAGGCGGAGGCUCAGCCAAACCUAGUGGAGAUUCUGGAGGAAUUCCCCUCUGUCAAGGUCAACCCGUCCUUGCUGAUGACGCAGAUGCCGUUGCUUCAGCAGCGUUUCUACAGCAUCAGCUCCUCCCCACAGGCUUAUCCCGGGGAAAUCCACGCCACAGUCGCCGUGGUUAGAUUCCAGACAAUGCGUGGUGUGGGACCAGAACACGAGGGAGUGUGUUCAACGUGGCUAAGCAGACUACAAGUAGGGGAUAAUGUGCCUUGUCUUGUGAGAACGGCACCUCAGUUCCAUCUGCCCGAGGAUGCCACCCUGCCAAUCAUUAUGAUUGGCCCAGGUACUGGUAUAGCGCCAUUCAGAAGCUUCUGGCAGCAGCGGAAGAUCGACAGAGACAUGUUACCGGAACCUACACACGGAGAGAAGAAGGGAUGGGGAGAGUCAUUCCUUUACUUCGGAUGUAGGCAAAACGACAUUGACCAUAUAUACAAGUCCGAGUUGACCCAGGCGGAAACUGAUAAAUCUCUUACACGUGUGUACACAGCUCUGUCCCGGGAGCCGGGGGUACCCAAGGUGUACGUCCAGGAUGUGUUGAAACAGAACGGGAAGGAGGUGUUUGAACAGAUUCUACGCCGAGGAGGACACGUGUACGUGUGUGGUGAUGUGCAAAUGGCGAACGACGUUUCAACAACUCUUUGCAAAAUCAUUCAGGAGUUCGGAAAAUUAUCGGCUGAGGAUGCAAAAUUUGUCAUGCUAAAAUUAAGGGAGGCCAAUCGGUUCCAUGAGGACAUUUUUGGUGUUGGUAUCAAGUCUGAGGCAACUGCACGUGACCAGGCUAAGCGUGCAUGGAAAUAUAUCAACGCUGCGAGUAAGCCGACGUCGGGUAAAGAGGUCGUCACCCCAAUACCUGCUGCUGGCAUAUGUUGUUUAUUCCCGUUUUUCAAAACAAGGACAAGCGUACACCCCGUGGAAAACCCCGACCCCCCUUAAGACGAACCUCCAUACAGCUUUCAUCACCAGAAUGAUUGUAUUAAGCCAAUUGUGGGAGGGCAAUCAUGACGAAACAUUUUCCCACGAAAAACAAACACAUUGACAUCAAAGAAGAAAACUAAAAUAUAAUCGUCAUUUGGAUUGAUCUUUUUCUUCUUACAGGAAACAUUUCGAUUUUGUGCAAUGAUCUAUCUAUCAUCUUGUAAUAUUUGAAUGUCAAGCAUGUGUAUACAGCAAGGUAUUUUUAGAUAUGUGCUCUUAACGCACCGCUUUGAUUUCCAUAUUCUAUGUUCAAAUCCUACAUAUUAUAUCAUAUUAAGAAUGUGAGAACAGUUAUCUGCGACUAAAUAUUAAUCAUAUACAACACUUAAUAUCUCCCGCGCAAACUGCAUUACAGUAGUAAAAAGACAUAAUGUUAUUCUUGAACAAGGGAGAUAAUCUGCGACUAUACCUAUAUUUAUCGCGAUUCAAAUAUCUGAAUUUUGCCACUGGUUUUUCCGAUCGUAAGUAACAUACCCGGUAUUCCUUCCUAGCUUUAAUUCUAGUUGUAUAGAUUGUUUCCGGAAAUGUUAUUUAUUUUUAAAUAUUCGAAGUUAUACCAUAAACCUAAUUUUUUUAUUCCUGUGAUAUACGGCAUUUUCUAUCUAGAUGAUGUCUUGGCAGGAUUUAGUGUUCUUACUGGUGUUUAUAACAAGUCCAUUAAAUUAUAUAUAUAUGUAUGUGUUCGCAAACUUAAACAGUCUGUAAGAACGGAAAUCAAUGUUUUAUUGUAAACAGGUUGUAUAGAACGAUAUUUCAGCUUUAUACCGAUAGAUAUUCAUUAUCCGCACAAUACAGUUAAUAACGUGUAGUCACAGAGUUGUCGGUAUACUCUUUAAUCUUCGUCGGCUUAGUAAGGCCUUCUUAUGUUUACAGCUUUUUAAGUCAUUUAGCAUUUAGGUAUCGGUAUUAUGUGCAAUGAUACGACUGGGUUUUGUUAGUAUCGUGUUUUUUUCAAUCUUUUUAUUAUAUGUCAGUACUUAUGAUCCGUGUCCAGAAAUUUAUUUAGCAACAAAGUAUAUUUACAUAUUUUACAUUUAUCAUUGUUAAAGAACGCUAUUUGUCCACUGAAAUAUUUUACUAUAGUUUUCGCUAUGUCAGUUAUGAUA